AUGCUAGCCAUUGCUCUUUGGCGGCGACGAACUUCGUUUGAUGUAUUUGAUCCUACUAUACCUUUCAAAACGAGUGGUGAUUGGGUUAUUCUAACAACACUGGUGACUUUAGCUACGUAUAUUGUAUUACUCGCUCUUUUAUGGAAUUUGUAG